AUGGUACGCAACACUCAAUCUGGGACCAAUACCUGUGGACGUGGUGGCAGAGGUAGAAGCCGGCAGCCCCAUCUCAACGGGUCUCAUGGCUCAGACUCUGACUCUGACCAGGAUGGAUCCGAUUAUCAAGCACCACUGAAUGAGGAUGAGGAUGAUGAAGACCAAGUAAAUGAAGACAAAGACAGGGUAAAUACCAACCAAGAUAACCUUCGAGACCUUGCCAACAUGCGAUCUCAACCCCCAGCUUGCAAGCGUUCCAAACCCAACCAAGGAGUUGAGAAACCAACUCUUCAGAACUACCGUGAGCUUGGAAGUGACUGGGGGAAAUCUAAAGCAGAAACCAUUCUUGCCGCCCAACCUCGAACAAACAACCGACUCUCACCAAACGGUCUACUUGAGGCCCAAGCUUUACAGUCCAAAUACGACCUUGACAAGACCAUGCUGGCACUGGCACUUGGCUGUAGCCGUUCUAAUCUAGAUGAAGCUAUAUUUGAAGGGCCUUUGGGCCAAGAGCCACAUGGCUAUACCAACUACCAGACUUAUAGCAACACCGCAACCAAGACUAACAUGCCGCCAAAAGGAACGUCAAGAGGUUUUGGUAAUCGAAAUGUGAUUGUGGGAAACACCUGGAGCGACUAUACAAAAGAUCAGAAGACAGUAUUCAGUCCGAUAUAUUUUGAGCGUUUGAGCAAAGCCUGCCUACCUACCAGUACUUCCACUCAAAUCAACACUAACAACCAGCCGGACCACCAAUCAGCUGUCCCACCUGAAGAUCCUCUCACUGACGAAGAACUAGAAAAGUAUGUACCGAUCUUCAAAGAACUUGCCAAUCUUACAUCAAUCGCUCGCGACUUCAAGCAUGGCUAUCUCAGUCGACACUCAGCAAAACAAUGGUCACGCGAGGAACUUAUGAAGGCUGAGGUAAAAAAGGUUGUCAAACAGCAAUUCAAGCUGCAGUUUCAUUUGUUCCUUGGAUGUUGGAAUCCUAAUAACAAGGGACCGCGGGCCUUGUAUGAAGACGAGUACAUGUCAUGCGAACAAUGGGCUGUCAGUCAACGAAAAGAACAGCGACUUCUAGAGUGCUUUGUUCACACAGCAACCCACGCCCCAUUAUCAGUGAGAACUAGGGUUAACAACACCCAGACACUAUCUGCUGCAGCCAUUGCUCAACAAAAUUUGCGAAGCCAGCUGAGUGAACAGUUGAAUUCUUUAGUCCACGCCCACCUUGUUGGUCCCUUCACUGUUGGGGAUUCUCAUCCCAAAGUUCCGAAUCCUCACCUAGCACUGGCCAAGAAGAAGUUCAGGGGAAAUGUCAAGCUGGCAGUACAACUUUCCCCUGACUGCAAGAUCGAUGCCACCCUUCUUGCGAAAGGGGCCACUGCUGGUGCUCUCAAAAACCACGAAAUUCAAAUGUGGUUGGACGAUAUACAGACUGGAAGGUACCAAGUUGUCAAAACUAAUACACCUUUAUCUGACCCGAACCCAAUUUAG